AUGCCCGGCGGCUCUCGCUUUGAUUUCAGCAUCCGCGGCGACGAGCAGGAGCAGCAUCGUAUCCAGCUCGAACACAAUCUCCAGCACACUGACCUUUCUCUCCAUCUCUCGUCCACACCAGAAGACUACUCCCUCGAAUACCCUCGUCAUAAUUCUGCACCCUCGGCGCCUUUCUCUGUUUUUCACUCAAUGGAUCCUUCUCGUGACGAGUUCGACGCAGACGAUCGCUACAGCCAUCUCCACGCAUGGUCCUAUCGCACCGCCGAGGACGAAGACGGUGUCAAUCCAUACGGCGGUGAAACCAUGUCCACUGCCGCUCAUCAUGCUAGCGCUCUUACUCUCAGCGCUGGCCUCGGUGGCAGGGGUGCGAGACGUGACAUUAGCCUCAGCGGGGCGGAAUACGACCCGGACAGGCCCCUUCACGACCUCGUGGCCAACAUUGACAGUAAAUUCAGUCUCUUCGAUGCGGAUCGCACGCGAUCUAGGAACUUUCCUGUGAGUACCUUCAUUAUCGAGAAGUCACAUUGUUCUCUGACCGCCGCCAUGCAAACGCAUUCAAAGUCGAAUUCCAUUCCAUUCGACCCUCUUAUUGUCGACAACACAGCUGAGCUCGAUCGCCUAUUUGAGCCCCAGGACUCACGAGCCACACCUACCCGCAUGCACCCUUCUCGCUCACCAAACUCUUCUGCAUCAUCGACCUCCGAACUAGACACGCCCGACCAUAGCACAUCAGCGAGACCCAAGCUUUCCGAUGCCCUUUCACACCUUGCCUUUUCCCCCAAACGACCUCGAUCUCCAGCUGCUCGCUCCCCUUCACCAGCAUUCGCUCCCCUCCGAAGGCAUGUCAAGGCUGCAUAUUCUUCGCACAUCGCCGAAGGAGAACCAACUCCUCGCGCCAAGAAGACCCACCGCCCCCAAUCACAUCAAACGCACCACCCCGAGGUUACAAUCCGUCCUCCAACUCCUUCCACCGGUAAUUCCAAGUUUACCAAACUUGCUCGUGGGCUCGCUCGUGAUAUAGAAGCCGAGCAGAGCCGAUGGGACGUCUAUCAAGAUGCUAUGCAGAGUGAAGUUGAUUUUGUCCCGGGCCCCAAUGUACACAGCACCCUCAAGCCCAAUCGCGUGCACGGUCAAUCACUUUUUCCAAAGCGAGGAACAAAUAACUCGGUCUACCUGCCGGACGUGACAGGGCUCACCAGCGCUAUUGAGAGUCCUUCAAAGGCUAGAUUACAUCACUAUCCUUAUCAAGACAACCAUGAUGAAUAUGGCGACGGCAAAGCCCGCUUGAUAGCCACACUAGCUCUCGUACAACAAAAACUCGCCCAUCUCGACUCCGAGAACACUACUUCUCGUCACCGCAUGUUAGAGCUCGAACGCGAGUUGGACGGGUGCAAGCAAGAAGUUGUACGCGAACGCGAACGCGUCUUGCAGCGCGAGGAUAUCAUCAAGCGCCAGCAGAUGCACCGGUCGGAUACAGCCGUUCGUGGAACCAAGGGCAAAGGCCGUGCGGAAGAAGAUGUGGCGGAAGUUCAGAAAAGGUAUAAGCAAGCUGUCGAGGAGAAGAAAGAGGCUUUGAUCCAAACUUUACGGAGCCACAUGACGCGCCUGACCACUGAACUCGCUUCACACCAACGUCUCCUCGACGAACUCCGCACGUUGCGGGAAGCUGACUCUCAUACUCUCCAAGAGAAAGUAGGCAACGUCGAUCGUCUUCGCACCGAAGUCGAGAAGGUCGCUGGCGAGAUAGAGGUUCUGAAGGGGGUUGUAGAGGAGGGCCUACGCGAACGUCGAAGCCGCCAGGAUCGAGGCCGUAUAGAAGCCACGGAGCCUGAAGAGAUUCGUCAACCUGGAACACGUCUGUACACCGACCGGCCGGACUCAGACAUCGAGACUGAAGAUGAGAGGGAAGUGCAAGCACCGGAGUACCAUGGCGAGUCGAUGUUGGAAUCGCGUGAUCCUUCAUAUUCUGCCCCGCCUUCUCCCCCAUCCAGACCCGUCGACAUAGGGCAGUCCGGUCGGCGUCACUACGUCGAUCCCAACGAGCUCGAGCGUAUCUCAGUCGAGAUGGAAGAACGGCGCUCUGAGCGAUCGUAUUCUCGCAUGUCCGACUCACACUCUCAUUCUAGUGCACACUCCCAGUCAUCUCAACAUUCAGCACCUGCUGGUCGUGCGUCGCCUCGCACUGGCUCAGAACGUAGCGUGUCAUGGAAUGGCAGUCAUAUCGACGAAGAACAACGAAGUAGACCAACAUCUCCUGCUCUGUCGCAUUCGUCUCAGCGAUUAAGAAGGCAUUGCUCCAGCCCGUCCCAGAUUCAGGGCCAUAGUAGACCUACAGCCCCGACUCCAUCUCAUGCCGCCGGUAAAUCACGCAAAAAGCCAGCCGGCGACUUCUCUUCUAUGCCACUUCGUCGUUCUGCGCGAAGUGGUCAAGAGCCAGAGGUGGCAGCUCCUGCAGCUGCACCUUUCCCUCAGAUCCGCGGUACACGUCUCGAACGGAUGUUUUUCUCGGCCCCCGAGCAUAACGUCAAGACCUGCAGAACUUGCCGUCGUCGUCGUGCGCACUCUACUGGUGAAAGUCUUGGCGAGGCGCUUUGGUCUACCACGAAGAGAAGAAAGGGGGCUAAAACACGCGUAAAGGCCCCGGAGGAUAGCGACGCUGAGAAGGAUGAUGAAGGGUUCGAGGAUGGAGAAGAGGUGGAAACCGCCGGUGAACGACGGGCUGGUUUAAGAGGAAAGGCAGCGGACACAUAUCCCUACAACCUCGACUUCUUAGCAAAGGGCACACCAAAGGACCGCGUACCUCCGCAGACCGUGCUGAUGAAGGUACUGAGGGAGCUCGAAGAUGAUUUCACUCAUUACAAAGGGAUUUAUACCGAGUUGGCGGACCAAUACAAGCUCAUGGACCCCACUUCGAACGUUGUCAAACGCAAUGUUCUAGCCGACCAUCUGCGUGAAGUAAUUGACAUUCUAGAACAGAAGGGCGAUCACAUUGCUUCACUUACCGACCUCUUGACCUUCUCGGACAAGCCGGUUGGUGAGUCCGCCUCGAGAGACAAGAAUUAG